AUGGUUACUUGGGCAAUGCAAAAAUUACCGGAUGUCCGGGUGAAUUCGGAGAUCGCCGAAUACAGGGUUCAAGAACCGGAUCCCUAUUCGGUAUUGUUUAUUUCUGAUCGUGUGAAUGCAAUUGUUGUCAUGUCAUCAUUACAAAACCGGCAUUAUUAUAAUUCACAUUAUCUGGCUGUGGUUGAUUCACACAUUGGAGCCAAGGUGCGAUCAGCAAACAUCAUCAUGACUUCUGACCGGACGACAGGUCAACCGGGGCCAGAAGUGUUGGAUAUGAGAUUUCCACCCGGCCAUGAACUCAAUUUUCAUCAUUCACUUGACCCAGUGAACAGCUCUUCAAACUUUCUGGCAGUUGAUCAUCAGGCCAGUUGCUCAGUCAAUGAAAUUUCACUAGAAGACAGUCCUUUUGACAUGGGUUUUAAUGCACUUCCGGUUCAACAUGAGCAUCCGGCCCAGAUGCCUUUAGAUAUGGGCUUUGGCAUCAAUCCUGUGGAUCAUCUACGAGAUCAGUCAGUCGAUAUUGAACUGGAAGACAGGCCUUUGGACAUGGGCUUUGGUGUCCAUCCGGUUCAUGAUUUUCUGGAUCAGUCAUACAUUCAACCUGACAAUGUGCACUUGGACAUGGGAUUUGAGACUCUCAAUCCGGUACAAGUUCUGCCGGAUCAGUCUUUGGGUGAACUGGAACCCAUAGGAUUUGUCAUUCAGCGGGCUGUAGGCGAUUUGCGCUUGGUGAUACAUUGGUUGGAGAUGGAAAGAGCUCAGAGCACAAUGUCACUGGAAGAAUCGCAAGUCAGCUGGGAAGUUCUUCAUUCCACAAAUGAGUUGUUAUUGGCAUUUCAACUGAUUUCAAUAUACCGUCUGUCAACAUGA